CGCAACGUUAGCAACAAAUGCACCUGCAGAGCUUGCAAGAAAAUUCUCCAAAAACAUUCAAGCCAAGAGACGUUAGUAAACAGUAACUGGCUCAAUUUAAUAAAGAAGGUCCAGGGAGGCUGUGCAGGUCUCCAUCAGCAUAUCCAUCAUGUAGCACAAGUUCAAACGAGGAGCUGUGAAAGCUUACUAACAAGGAAAUAGCUCAUUAGCCUGAGUGAGAGCAGCCAUCACAGAGGAGCAGCAGAUGAAAACAAAUGACUCUUCCCCUCCGAAAGUAUUGGAACACGAGACCGGGUCAUUAGCGUGUGCGGAACACCGAAGACGUCUGGGUUCGAGAUCAGAAGAUGGAGAUGAGACGAGAGUUCAGGAUUUCAGUUUUUAUUUCCUGGUGUUUACGUCUAGACGUGUUAAACAGCAUGAAACACACACAACCUUCUGUAUCAGAACACACCGUUUUUAGGUAUAUGAUGGGUGUAAAUCUGGAGGGCAGAGAUCUGUCGUUCAUGGACGACGGUUAUCAGGUGAACCCUAAACUGGUGGUUAUCGUACUCAACAACGAGAGGGAAUGGGAGAAGAUGGGCCGCUGGGAGAACCAUUCAUUGAUACUGAAAUUUCCAGUGUGGCCACGGUACAACUCCUUUGGUGAUGCAGAGGCGGACGAAAAUCACCUGAGCAUCGUGACAUUAGAGGAGAAGCCGUUUGUUAUUGUGGACGACGUGGACAUUCUGACGGGGACCUGCGUCCGUAACUCUGUCCCCUGCAGGAAACACAUCAAAGAUAACAGUACAGGUGGAUCGUAUGUAAAGCAGUGCUGUAAGGGCUUUUGUAUCGAUAUCCUGAAGAAGAUCGCCAGGAACGUAAAGUUCACGUAUGACCUUUACCUGGUGACUAACGGCAAACACGGCAAGAAAAUCAACAACAUGUGGAACGGCAUGGUGGGCGAGGUGGUUUAUAAGAAGGCCGUGAUGGCCGUCGGUUCAUUGACCAUAAACGAGGAGAGGUCAGAGGUCAUCGACUUCUCUGUGCCGUUCGUGGAGACGGGGAUCAGCGUCAUGGUUUCCCGCAGCAACGGAACCGUAUCGCCCUCGGCCUUUCUGGAGCCAUUCAGCGCAUCGGUGUGGGUGAUGAUGUUCGUCAUGUUACUCAUCGUCACGGCAAUCGCCGUCUUCCUGUUCGAGUUCAUCAGUCCACUGGGCUUCAACAGAAACCUCGCACAGGGCAAAGACCCCCACGGUCCAUCUUUCACAAUCGGCAAGGCCGUCUGGCUUCUGUGGGGUCUCGUAUUCAAUAACUCUGUACCAGUACAGAACCCCAGAGGCACGACCAGUAAGUUCAUAGUGUCCGUGUGGGCCUUCUUUGCCGUGAUCUUCCUGGCCAGUUACACUGCGAACCUGGCUGCCUUCAUGAUCCAGGAGGAGUUCGUGGACCAGGUCACUGGGCUCAGUGACAGAAAAUUCCAGAGCCCGUAUUCCUUCUCGCCGCCAUUUCGUUUUGGUACAGUCCCAAAUGGCAGCACUGAGAGGAACAUCAGGAAGAACUACCCAGAUAUGCACCAGUACAUGGUCAAAUACCACCAAUCCGGCGUCCAGGACGCAUUGGUCAGCCUUAAGACGGGCAAGCUGGAUGCAUUCAUCUACGACGCGGCUGUGUUGAACUACAUGGCAGGGCGAGACGACGGAUGUAAGCUGGUGACCAUCGGCAGCGGCUACGUCUUCGCCACCACCGGUUACGGCAUCGCCCUCCAGAAAGGAUCCUACUGGAAGCGGCUUGUGGACCUUGCCAUUCUAGGGAUCAUCGGAGAUGGUGAGAUGGAGGAGCUGGAGGCUCAGUGGCUCACGGGUAUCUGCCAUAAUGAGAAAAAUGAAGUGAUGAGCAGUCAACUGGAUGUGGACAACAUGGCUGGCGUGUUCUACAUGCUGGCAGCUGCCAUGGCGCUCUCUCUGAUCACCUUCUGCUGGGAACACCUGUUCUACUGGCGACUGCGGUACUGCUUCACUGGACUAUGCUCGGGGCGACCUGGACUUCUUUUUACAAUAAGCAGGGGUAUCUGGAGUUGUAUUCAUGGUGUUCACAUUGAGAUGAAGAAGCUUCCUGUGUUGGAUUUCAGUCCUCAGGCCAACAUGUUGCACCUGCUGAAAUCGGCCAAAGAGAUUACGACUCUAGGGGUAACCUCACCUAAACGGCCCAUCGCUAGCAUCCUCCCCCCUACACCCGGACUGCUAGAACUUAUUAGUGGUAGCAAAGGCAAUAACCUUGCUCCAAAAGAGGCGAUCUAUAACAAUACCAACACCAUGCUUGCAAACCGCCACAAAGAGCCUCUAAACAACACCCUUUUGCCUGGUCAGUGUGCCCUUAGCCUUGCUGAUGCCCAGUCUGGUGUGGCAGUCAGCGGAGGCACAGGAGGAGGUAGUGGUGGUGACUCGGGAGGACUACCUGCCUCCAAAUCCCGUGCUCUCUGGAAAAAGUCAGUCGAAACUCUGCGACAGACCCAAGGACCAUCCCAAAAUUCCCCACCUCCCUCCGCACCAGUCUUUGAGCCGCAUGCAACUAUGAAAAGCCAGAGGUAUUUGCCUGAAGACCUGCCUGCACGCUCAGACUUGUCUGACAGUUCUGGCCGCAUGGACCUUCAAAAGCAGCACAAGGUCAAAGAGACGCUCCGGAAGCGUAACCGUCUGCCACGGGACCUAAGCGACGUGGAACUCUCUGCAUUGCCCGGCCAAGCCAGCCAGCAGAGCAAUCACAGUGCUCAGAUAUAUUCCCAGAAUAGUCAGAGCAGCCAGAUCUACACCAUUGACUCUGUAGACCAGGAGCACGGACUACACUACCCGGACAUAUUCAACGAGCACAGAGACAACAAGCACCGCCCUUCGUCUUCUUCAGAGCAACAGCCAAUACUGCAGCUUAACAGCAAUCUGUUCCCUCAGGCUCACGAGCCGGACGUCAUGCAGAACGCCACGACUGCUGCCAAGGAGAAAAAGUACAAUACUUACGGAAAGCCUGGUGGGGUAGGACUCAGUCCAGCAGUGACCACUCCUGCCCAGGACCACCGACACACCCACUGCCGUAGCUGUCUUUCAAAGUUCUCCAACUAUUCUGGGCUUUAUACCAUGCGACCUCCUCAGUAUCGCUGUGAGGCCUGUCUGCACUCUGCCAACCUGUAUGACAUAAGUGAGGAUCAGUUCCUGCACCCGAACGCAGGUGCCAUUCGAGGCGGGAGUGUAGACAGGAGCUUCUGCGCAUUUCUGCCACAACCCAAUGCUUCCUUCACGGCCUACCUUCCCCAGAGUGACCAAGAAGGACAGCACUCCUCACACUAA